AUGAUUCACUUGUUUUCGGGAUGCCGAGUCCACCUGAAACGCUCAAUUUCAUUCGUGGCUUCCACAGUUGGCGAAUUAGCAGCUUCAACGACCGUAAAGGAUCCGGUUACCGUUAAUGGGUGGGUAUUGCGCUCUCAAAAAUUUGGCAAAAUGCUAUUUGUGCGUUUAUACGAUGGAUUGUCGCCGUCGAACAUUCAGGUCAUCGUUCCUCGCAAUGUUUGCAAGUCUUUGGCUGUCGGAUCGGCGGUCAGGAUUGAUGGUCGUUGGAAGCCUAGCCAAGGUUCAGAACAAAUGAUGGAACUUGAAGCAUCUUCCAUUCAAAUACUUGCUUCGGAUGACAAGCCAAUCUAUGAGGAAAAUUCUCCCGAUGUUUUGCGAGAACAAGUUCACCUACGAGUUAAACAUCCCGGAUUUUCUGCCUUGCUGCGAAUGAGAUCGUUGCUUUUUAGUCAUUUACAUUCAUUUUAUCAAAAAAACGGGUUUAUUUAUAUUGAUGCGCCUGCUUUAACUUCGAAUGAUUGCGAAGGAGCUGGAGAAACAUUCUCAGUCCAGGCAAGUAAAGCUAACUUCUUUGGAAGCGAAAAACAUAUGUAUCUUUCAGUGUCCGGACAAUUGCAUUUAGAAGCGAUGGCUAACGGGCUUUCUCGUGUUUAUUCAUUUGGAAAUAUCUUUCGAGCUGAUAUUCAACAAUUCAGCCGAACACACAUGUCCGAGUUUCGUAUGCUGGAGGUCGAAGUUGCAUUUUGCGAUUCGCUGGAUGAAAUUUGUUCGAUGGUCGAGGAGUGCAUUCAGUCGGCAGUUGAGUUUGUCAGAGUACAUCAAAUAGAACUGCACUUGAUAAAAAGCUUUCAAAAAGAGAAAAAUGAUUCCUUCUGUGACGAAUGGCUUUUCAACUCAAAACCCUUUCCAAGAAUUCGCUAUUCUGAUGCCUUAAAAAUCCUUGAGCAACAUGGACAAGCUAGCAAGAACGCUGGUCUUUCAAAAACAAACGAGUUAUUUCUUGUGUCACACUUUCGAUCACCAGUAUUCAUUACACACUUCCCGACUGAGGCGAAGCCAUUCUACAUGAAACGAACAUCUGAUGGAUUGACCGAAUCUUUCGAUUUGCUUAUGCCAAUAGCUGGAGAAGUCGUGGGGGGAAGUGUGAGAGAAGAAAACUCGCAAUUGAUUGCAGAAGGAAAUCCCGACAAAGAACACUUGAAUUGGUAUUCAGAAAUUCGUCGCCGUGGUAAGCCAAUCUCCGCUGGAUUUGGAAUCGGAUUUGAUCGUUUGGUUCAAAGUCUGACUGGAGUCAACAAUAUAAGGGACACGAUUCCUUUUCCGAGAAUGGUCAAAAUCAAGAAUAAGUAUGCUCUUGUUCAACUACUUACUGAUGAAGCAAAAUGUAAAUUACAACCUUUGAAUAUUUAUCGGGAAAUUAUGCAGUUGAUUUCCGAAAUGCAUGGGGACUUGGGCUUCUCAAAAAGUGCGCGGUUAAUAGUAAAGGUAGCGGAUAAUGACAUUUUUGUGGUUCGAACUCCAAAGGAUGGUGCCGAUGUUACUUUAUCAGCUCUACCCUUUUUGCGCAGUGUAAAAGGUGUUCGAGUUGUUUGUAAUACGCUAUUUGUGGGAAGAUCAAUACGUUCCCUCGAGAAAAGACUGAUUACAAUACGACGUAAAGAACUGGCUGGUCGUUUAUCACACUGCAAAUCUUUAUAUGAAAAAAGAAAAUUGCUAGAGGCUCUAAAAUCUGUGACUGGGCGAAUCAAAUUUGAUCAGACAGAAAGCUCAGACGAAGAAGACACACCG